CGCUUGAGAAAAAAAAGUGCAACCUAUGAGAGAGGUUCCAGCCGCGACGCUAGAAAUGCACACGGCAGUUCCGGCUGAUGAAAAGAUUAAUGACACGAAGGAAUCGUCGCACAUGCAGGAAACUGGACAUCACAGAUGGAGGUGGACUCCGGGAAAAGUCUACCACUGGGUACUUUCUUACACUGCUUUCGCUUAUGUCCUCUGGCGGUUCGCGACCACCGAACAGAAAAACUUUCUUCUGGAGCAUCAUUGGACUUACUUCAACGACAGUCCUUUCGGUCUUAAGCAAAAGCAGGACGCUGUCAACUGGGAAUGGCAGACCACAAAGUACGUCAUGGCCAAUGCGUGGAUGUGGUAUCUGCUGCAUCCCGUACUAGGUCGGGUGACAGCCUGCGUCGCACCGUCGCUGGUUUCCGUCUUCUACGCUGCCUACUCCUUCCUGUUCGUCACCUUCACCUUCGGCUGGGAGGUGGCUCUGCUGUUCGUGGGACAACAUGCCGCGUUCUACGCCGUGGCGACACUGCGCAUCCCAGCGCUUUGCUACGUGGCUGCUGCUCUGAUCCACUUCCAAAAGUUUUUCAUUCCUUUCGAUGCAUUCGAUUACAUGUACUCCAGGUACGGCCUGAUGCCCUACAUGGCCGCCUACGUCACCUUCCAUUGGAACAUCUUGCGUGGCCUAAGCUUCAGUGUGGACUACGUUCAAGCCGAGCGCGAGAGGAUCGCCGGGGACAGACAGCGCAGAUUUCCACCAUACUGGAAGACACUGGGCUACCUGUUGUACCUGCCCAUGGUCUACCUGGGGCCACCACAGAGGUACAACGACUACAUAACCCAGUUGGACAAGCCGAAACCCAGCUGCACGCCUCGGGUGAUUGCGGCUGCCAUCGCGAGAUUGCUUCAUUCCGGGGCCCACUACCUCCUCAUGGAACUCAUGAGCCACUUCUUCUACGGUUCGGCGAUGUCCAACUUGGCCUGGAUGGGGGAGAAACUGGAUCUCGCCAGCCUGGCAGGCUACGGCCUAUCUCUAGAAUUUCGUUACUACGUGUCCUACCUAUUUACGUACGGCUUUGCCGGUGCCCUGGCCAAAGCAGAAGGCAUCGAGGUCCCGGAAACUGCACCCUGCAUAGCCAGGCUGCACCGGUGCUCGCGUUUCUGGAGGUACUUCGACCGUGGCAUGCACCUGUUUAUCCGAAGGUACAUCUACGAGCCGGUCUUAGGUGGCAAUCGCACAGCGGUCCGGCUGGUGCUGAGCACGGCGGUGGCCUUCACCUUCACCUGCACCUGGCACAACCUCUACUCGCACAACGCCGUCUGGUGCGCGCUCAGUGCGCUCGGCAUCGCGCUCGAAGUAAUCACCAUAGAAUUGAGGAAGUGGACGCCCGUCAAGAAGUUCGAGGGCCGCUACCUAGAGUCGGCUGAGCGGAUGCGAGUUGCCAGGGCCUUGCUGGGAUCCCCGCACUUCCUGCUCACCAUCUGCGCAUGCCUGUUCCACUUGGCACAGCUGGACGUAUGCCUCGUCAUCUGCAGAAGGAUCUUAACCGGCUUUCCUUUCCCUCUAGUCCCCAUCUUGGCGGUUAUGUACAGCCUCUGUCAUGUUUCCAUGGACGUGGCGGACUGGGAAGCGUCGGCCAUUUCCAAGAAAAAUGUAGUUUAUUUGUGAACUUCUUAACCGCACGACGUUACAAAACUGCGUCGCAUCAUUGUUGUUUUUUUUCUUCUUUGUUUUGUUUUUGAUUUGCCUUUUUUUUUUCGCCGAAGCUAUACAUGUGAAUUUUACAAUAGUUAUCGUGCCGCGACUGCCAGCAAAAUGUGCACCCUAAAAAUAUUUACCCCUUUAACGGUUCUAAUUUACCCAUGGCUAAAACCCUUACUCUGAAGUCCAGGAAAUAUCUUGUUGUACAAGACAAAGAGCCCUAAUUACGCCUGCAAUGAGGGAAACAGUAGUUGUAAACCACGUACAAAUUAUGGUCACAUGCUGCACACCCAAAGGUCUGGUACGAAUAAUUUGCAGCGAUAGCUGUUAAAGUUUAUUGCAUGCAGUUUUCAUGCCACCUGUGGCAGCAAUCGUCAUGUUUACAUGUCGCACGAAGUGCUAAAACAACGAAAACAUCACCUGUCCCAAUAAAUGAUUCAAUCUUA